UAAAAAAAUAAUUAAUUAGAAAAGCAAAGUGGGGGCAGGAGUCGCCAUCAUGGGAGUCAACAUUCGCCACAACAAGGACCGGAAGGUUUGGCGCAAGGAGCCCAAGAGCCAGGACAUCUACCUGCGGCUGCUGGUCAAGCUGUACAGGUUCCUGGCCAGACGCACCAACUCCACCUUCAACCAGGUGGUGCUGAAGAGGCUGUUCUUGAGCCGCACCAACUGGCCGCCCCUGUCCCUGUCACGGAUGAUCCGGAAGAUGAAGCUUCCCGGCCAGGAAAACAAAACCCCCGUGGUCGUGGGGACCAUCACGGAUGACGUGCGGGUCCAGGAGGUGCCCAAGCUGAAGGUGUGCGCCCUGCACGUGACCAGCCGUGCCUGCAGCCGCAUUCUCAAGGCCGGGGGUAAGAUCCUCACCUUCGACCAGCUGGCCCUGGACUCCCCCAAGGGCCGAGGCACGGGCCUGCUCUCCGGUCCCCGCAAGGGCCGAGAGGUGUACCGGCAUUUCGGCAAGGCCCCCAGAACCCCACACAGCCACACCAAACCCUACGUGCGCUCCAAGGGCAGGAAGUUCGAGCGCGCCAGAGGCAGAUGGGCCAGCCGGGGCUACAAGAACUAACCCUGUGGACCGCGCAGUUAAUAAAGAUGUUUUGGAUGUGGAAAAGAAAAG